UAGUACUGGGGUGAAAAUGAUGGCUUGAGGGCAGGGAGAAAUAAAAAAGCUUAUUGGUGCCCCAACCCCUAGGUAGACUGGUUCUACUCUACCUCUCCACACCCCUUUUUUUGCUUUCCCACCACACUUGGCUCCAACAUUCUGCAGACUCAGUAGGUUCUCAAAAUGUCAACUAUCAAGGAGAAGCUUAUUGAGAAUCUAAUUGAGGAAGAUAAAAUCUCCCAGAGUAAGAUCACCAUUGUUGGAACUGGUGCUGUAGGCAUGGCUUGUGCUAUUUGUAUCUUGCUGAAGGAUUUGGCAGAUGAACUCGCCCUCAUUGAUGUUGCAGUGGACAAACUGAAGGGAGAAAUGAUGGAUCUUCAGCAUGGCAGUCUUUUCUUUAAUACUUCAAAGAUUACCUCUGGAAAAGAUUACAUAGUAUCUGCAAACUCCAAAUUAGUUAUUGUCACAGCAGGUGCACGCCAACAGGAGGGAGAAAGUCGCCUUGCCCUGGUCCAACGUAAUGUAAAUAUCAUGAAAUCAAUCAUUCCUACCAUAGUCCAACAUAGUCCUGACUGUAAGAUGCUUAUUGUUUCAAAUCCAGUGGAUAUUUUGACAUAUGUGGUCUGGAAGCUAAGUGGCUUACCUGCAACUCGUGUAAUUGGAAGUGGUUGUAAUCUAGACUCUGCCCGUUUCCGUUACUUAAUUGGAGAGAAAUUGGGUGUCCAUCCCACAAGCUGCCAUGGUUGGAUUAUUGGAGAACAUGGUGAUUCUAGUGUGCCCUUGUGGAGUGGGGUGAAUGUUGCUGGUGUUGCUCUGAAGACUCUAGACCCUAAAUUAGGAACUGAUUCAGACAAAGACCAGUGGAAAAAUAUCCAUAAACAAGUUGUUGAAAGUGCCUAUGAGAUUAUCAAGCUGAAAGGGUAUACCUCUUGGGCUAUUGGACUGUCUGUGACAGAUCUGGCAGGAUCAAUUUUAAAAAAUCUUAGGAGAGUGCAUCCAGUUUCUACUAUGGUUAAGGGCUUAUAUGGAAUAAAAGAAGAAAUCUUUCUCAGUAUCCCUUGUGUCUUGGGGCGAAAUGGUGUCUCAGAUGUUGUGAAAGUUAACCUGAAUUCGGAGGAGGAGGCCUUUUUUAAGAAGAGUGCAGACACACUCUGGAAUGUCCAAAAAGAGUUGAUAUUUUAAAGCCUCUUAAUGUUCCAACUGUUUUAUAGAACAAGAUAUCAGACUGUAUAUUUUACAUUUUGAAAGUAUUUUAAUCUGAUCUAUAAAAAAUAAAAAAAUUGGGAGACCCUUGACAUAAUUUCAGUCCCGCAAGUCUUGGAAAAAGAAAUGGUAAAGAGAUUUCUCCUCUCUAUGAAUCUCUUAUAGCACUGUUCUAAUGAUACCCAACCUAUACAGAUGAAAGUUUUACUUCUGAGGUAUGUCAUAUAUAAGAGUUGCCUUGAAGUUUAGUAGAGUAUGUAUAACAACCCAUUAUAAUAUAAAACUUAUGAUUUUUCUCACAAAACAACCAGCACUCUUUUCUAGUGUCAAAAUUUCAUUCUUCUAUUAGGGGACAGGCAUAUUUACUUUAUAUUGCUUCAUUAGCUUCAUGUGUCUAUGUAUGAUCUUUACUAAGUACUUAUCUUUAAGACCAUGUGUAUCAGAAGGAAACAGAAAUAAAACUUUU